AUGGCUGUAAAGGUUCGCCCGCUUCACGAUCGGCUUAUCGUCGAGCGCAUCGAAGAGACGGAACAGAAGGUCGGCGGCAUCAUCAUCCCGGACACGGCGAAGGAGAAGCCGCAGCAGGGAAAGGUGGUAGCGGUCGGCAAGGGAAAGCUCAAGGACGACGGCACCGCCGGCGACAAGGUGCUGUUCGGCAAGUACUCGGGUCAGGAGAUCAAGCUCGACGGCGACGAGUACCUGAUCAUGCGCGAGGACGAGAUCCUCGGCGUCCUGGAAUCCGAUUAG